GGCGGCGGCUGGCCGGCUGCCCCCGGAGGGCCGCCCCCGCCCCGCCGCCGGGAUUUACCCGCCGCCGGGGCCGCCCCCGCCGCAAUCCCUCCGUACGGCGGCGGCGGCGGCGGCCCGUUCCCGGAGGCGCUUCCUUCCUGCGGCGGGCGGCGGGGAGGGCCGCGGCGUCUAUAAAUCGGGCGGGAGGGCGGCGGCGGGAUGCCAGAGAUUUGCGGCGCCGGCCGGCCCCUCCGCCGCCCGCCAUGCGGCGGCUCCUGCUGCCGCUGCUGCUGGGGCUGGGCAUCGCCGGGGAGCCGGAGCCCGCAGCCCCCUCGGGAGCCCAGUGCUUGGAGCACGACUGCUUCGGGAUCUUCUGGGCGGCGAGAUCCUUCGAGGAGGCGAGCGCGGUGUGCCGGCGGGGCGGCGGGCACCUCAUGACCGUCCGAUCCACCGUCGGGGAAGACGCCAUCGCCGUCCUGCUGCAGAACCGCAGCGGGUGGCUGUGGCUGGGGCUGCGGCUCCGCCUGCCCUGCACCCAGCCGGCCCAGCGCCUCCGCGGCUUCCAGUGGGUCACCGGCGACGGCCACACCGAUUACUCCAACUGGGCGUCGUCGAGGCAGCAGUGCGGGGAGAUCUGCGUGGCCGUGUCGCGGGAGCUGCGCUGGGAGGAGCGGCUCUGCAAAGCGCCGGCCGACGGCUUCUUCUGCGAGUACAACUACGAGGGCAGCUGCCCGCGGCUCUCCGCCGACGAGGGGCUGCUCGUCACCUACGCCACCCCCUUCGGGGCCCGCGGUGGGGACUUUCUGGUGUUGCCGCCCCGCAGCACCGCCGUCGUCCCGUCGAUGGGGCUGGAGUUGCGCUGCGAUGAGGAAAACGGGGGGCUGCGCUGGCGUCGCGCCGCCCCGGGAGCCUGGCCCUGCCGCCUGGCUAACGGGGGAUGCGAGGGGGACUGCCGAGAAGAAGGCGGCGAGCCACGCUGCUCCUGCCCCGACGGUAAGCUGCUGGAUGCCGACGGCCGCAGCUGCAGGUCGCCCUGCGCCGGUGCGCCCUGCCAGCAUCACUGCAUCGUCACCGGUACCACCUUCUUCUGCAUGUGCGAGUUGGGCUACCGGCUGGCCGCUGACGGCAGCAGCUGCGAGGACAACGACGACUGCGCCUUGGUGCCGGCGCUGUGCGAACAGAUCUGCGUCAACACCGAGGGCGGCUUCGAGUGCCGAUGCCACCACGGCUACGAGAUGGUAGAGGGGCAUUGCCGGCCCGUCUCCCGCUGCUACGAGGCGCCCUGCGAGCAGCAGUGCGAGGACGUGCCCGGUGGGUACCGUUGCAGCUGCUUCCCCGGCUACACCAUCGACUCGCAGGUGCCCAGCCGCUGCGUGCUGCACUGCAACCGCAGCCAGUGCCCGGCCCAGUGCGACCCCCACAGCCAGUCCUGCGAGUGCCCCGAGGGCUUCUUGCUGGAUGACGAAGGUGGCGAAGGCAGGAAGGUCUGCGUGGACAUUGAUGAGUGCGAGAUGAACUAUUGUGAACACAACUGCACCAACCACCCUGGCAGCUACGAGUGCCACUGCCACGAUGGCUACCAGCUCCUCAAACAGAACCACUGCACCAAAAUCCUUGAGGAGGACGGGGAUGGAGAAUACUCGGGGGAUUUCAGGCCUGGACCCCAGACACCCAUCCCCAGCCGGACCCCACCGAAGGCAGAGCACCUCCACCCCGGCGUGCUGGUGGGCAUUGCCAUGGGCGUCCUCUCUGUGGCCCUGGCCCUGCUGGCCCUGGGGUAUCACCUGGCAAAGAAGCGCUGCAGAACCCCCACCACCAUGGAUUACAAGUGCAGCGGCCCCCACGAAAAGGAGAUGGGACUUCAGCCGGUCGCCUCGGGGUGUGCCACCUCUGGCCAGAAACUGUAGGGAGACCGGGCAGGACAGAGAGAGGGAGGUGGAUGGACCUAGGUAACAUUUACUCCCCCCCCCCCCAGUCCUCCCCAAUUUUUUAAUGAUAAAGAGAAUUUGGGAAAAGCUGUGAUCACCCCCACAUCCAAAAAUACUCACUGCUUUCCAGCCGGCUCUUGCGAUACUCGCGCCAGUGAGCGGGGAAGGUGGAAGGCAUGGAGCACCGCACCGUUUCUGCUCCCUUCGCAGGCAGCGGCGGGCGCUCGCCUUUCCUCUUCCCCAGCCAGCAGCUGGGGGGGCUUCAAGGAAAACCUGUAUUUGUGUCUCCAUCUGGAACUGACGGUUUAAAUCCACAUCGAUGCGGGGCGAGAGCACACGUGCCGCGGCCGGCUGAGUCGACACGGACCGUGGAAGGUCGUCUGACCCCAGUUUCCCCUCUCCUCAGCCAGGAAGCGUGCCGCUGGGCUGGACGUGAUGGUUCUCCCAGGGUGAUGAGGAGCUGGGGUGCUCCUGCCUUUAUCUGGGUUCGGUUUAGUUUUUUUUAAACUGGUGGGUGAUGGAAGAAGGAGCGAAGAUCUUGUGGUCAGCACUUUGCCUUGCUUCUCUGCCCCCCUCUGCCUCAUCGGCAGAAAUCUCAGUUUUUGUUCCCCCCCCAUCUUUUGCCUCUUACCGCUGGCAGCUGAGCACUUUUCACCCUAAAUCACUAGCAACAGUGGGGACCCUGCUGGGCUUCACCGUGUGAGGGCUGAAAUGCCUGAUUUCUAUUCCCUCUUACUGUUUUGGGGCUUUUUUUUCGGGGGUGCAGAGGUUAAAUGGGGAUACUGAGACUGGCAGGGUAAUUUUUCCUGUGGUUAGAAAGGUUGUUUGCAGCACCAGGGAGCCUCGUGCUCCCCACCCAGUUUAUUCAGUGACUUUCUGUUGCUGCUGGGUUGAACUCUUUGGGUUUUUUUGUUUUGUUUUUUUUUUUUUUUUUUACCAACCUUAAACCGAACCCUCCUGUCCACAGGGUUUUUUUCCAGUUUUUCCUUUAGUCUUGCCCAGAUCCCGGCCGAGAGCUGAAUCUAAUCCAUGUUGAAGCUCACGGCAAAACUUUCCUGGGGGUCAGGAUCCAGCCCGCUGCUUGCUUCCCAGCCAUCGGCUUGUUGGGGGGGAGAUCUGGGAAACUGUUUUAUGCAUUUUUCCAGCUCCAUCGUUCAGCGGGGAGACAAGGGGCAGCUCUGCAAAGCCAGCGUGCUGCCAGGGCUGGGGGCGGGGGUCCUGCUCCGGCAGCUGCAGUGGGGUGAAGCCGGCGGCUGUUGGUGCAGCCACGGGGCGAGCGGCGGAGCGGGUGCUGACAGCUUUAUGCCCGUGAAAUAUCAGCCUGCAGCAGCGCUUAGCCUUCCCGCAGGAAGUUUUGCAAGCCUGGGGUUAGAGCUCGGGAGGGCUGGAGGCUGCAGAGGGGCUGCAGAGCUCCGGGGGGUUGGGUCCCCCCGCAUCCCCCCUUAUGUGAUAAGCGAGCUUGCCUUCACGCAGCGUUUCCCCCUCCUGAUAUGAUAGAGCUAUGUUGCAGCCUCCAAGGAAAAGGAAAAUAUAUGCGUUGUAUGAACUGUAGCUUUCCUACUGUAAAUGGUUCAACCCACUGUUUUAUACACCCGGCACAUUUGUAAAUACUUAUUUAUUUAUUGGAAAUAUACCCUACGCAAUGCACAAUCACAUGGUGAUUUUGUGUGUAGACCAAUAAAGCUUUUACAGUCUGGUUUAUAGAAA